AUGUCUGCACGAGCAUGGGAGCUGCAGGUCGACGCGGCGGUCUCCGCCUACGUGGCGAAGAGGUGGCACCUCGACCCGACGCAGAGGGGCUCGAAGGCUGGAUCCCUGCAGUUUCUGUACCCGCUGUUCCACGUCCUGUACCGGGUCGCGGAGGUCUCGCUCCGGGUCACCGCGAUGGCCCUGCUCCUUGCCUUCACCCGCUUCUGGUGGGAGGACCACUUCACUGGCAAGGCCCUCCAUCGCCCAAGCUCGGGGCUGGCGUAUCUUUUCGGCGUCGUGGUGUGCUCCCGGAUCUCCACCCGCGGGGAGACGCAGCUCGUCCACAUGGCGGUCGGCAUCGCCCUCCUGCUCGCCAACGCCGCCUUCUUCGUCGACAUGCCGGGCUUCUGCUACCCCGCCCAGCGGGUCAGCUGGCUUCUCGAGUGCUGGCGGUUCCUUGGCUUCUGCCUCUUCGGCGUGCUCGUCGUCUGGGAGCUGCAAGAGGGGUAUGCCCACCAGGACAAGCGCUGGGACGACUUCGAGAGCAAGCGGUGGAAGACAGGCAUCACCGUGUUGGGCAGCGCCUGUGCUCUGUACUACACGUUGAGACUGUCUCCGAUCUUCAGGAAGAAAGGAGAUGACCUGCACUCGGCCGUGAUUCGCGGCAAGCGGGAGAAGCUCCGGAAGUUGCUGCUGCACGGCGCUGGGGGCGUCGCGCUCGACGUGAACGGGCCGAUGAAGGACAACGCGGAGGCGAAGACGAAGGUGAAGCUGAAGCCAGCGCGCGAACGCCGCGUGGAGAGCGUUCCCGAGAGGAGCAGGAGCCACGGGACGAGGAAGUGCAAGCAGCGCCGCAACGGCCGCCCGCGCCAGCGCCUCCGAAGAACGGAGAAGGCGCGCUGCCUCGCGCAGCCCGGCGGCAGCGGCAAGGCUGGCGGCGGAGUGCGAGGCAAGAGCAGCAGCGCGAGCCGCUUCCGUGCAGUGGGACUGCGCAAGCGCCAUCGGCAUCAGAGGAAGGGCGCCCUGGCGGAGUGCACCGGGGUCGAGCACCAGGCCACGGCGCAGGCGGAAGCGAGCCGCGCAAUCGGAGGGAGAGGGGCGCUCUCCUGUCGAGACACCGCGCCGCUGAGCCGCGCGCCGCUGGGGGCGCGGCCGCGCCUGCUGCGAGAGGCACCAGAAGCGGGGCCCGUGGCAGUCGCGAACGGGCAACCGCGUGAGCAGCCGGCAGGGGCGAGCGCCAGGGGCCGCGCCCUGGGCGCGGGCCGGCGCAGCCCCGAGGCUGUAGUCCAGUGCCGGCAGGGAGUGCGCCACGCGGGUGUGCGGGAGGCGACGCGGGCGUGGGCGACCCUGCUGGCCAAGGCGGUGCUUACGUGGGCUGGAUGCGCGGGCGCUGUCUCUGACAGGGAGCUCGAGAUCCUUGGGCACCAUUGGUCAGCAGCCGUAGGUAGAACAGUCAUGGCGUACAAUGUAAAAGAUUUGUCCGCCUCGGUUGACAAGUGGCGCAGGCUGCUUGACGAGAUUGCGAGCGGACACUUUGAACCAGACAACCCUCCGGGGCUGCAGUGGGAGACCGAAGCCUACGCACGCUGGCAGGGCAAUCGCGCGAGCGGCCAGCUCAAGGGACCGCGCAAGGUGGAGCCUCCGCAGGGGCGUGCCCAUAGUAGCAAGAGUCCUCGCGGCGCAAUAUUUAUCCAGUCCUCGGAAAAGUCAUCCGACGUGGAAGUCGAAGACGUGCGAGUGCUUGUAGGCGUGGAGCGCCGCCAGAAGGGUUGUGCCACCCCAGCGCAGCCGGAUGCAACCGGGGCGCACGCGAUCAGACCAUGCAGUACUGUUCACGUGAGCAGCGGGCCCAGGGAGAACCGGGCGCACCGGAGGUCGCCUCAUCCGCGGGGCGCGGGCCGCCGGGCGAUGUCCGCCGCCGGGUGCUCCGGCGCGGCGUCCGCCGAGAUCGACGAGGCCACCGCCCCAGCCUGGGAGCUGCCGGCGUCGCCCAGUUGGAGCGCGGGCCUGGACACGUCUAUCCGCUCCGCGGCCACGUCCGUCUCGGUGCUGUCGGCCGGCGGGAGGCCCUGCGCGGGACGCGGCGAGGGGGACACCCAGCACCUGCGGCUGGCGCACGAGAACGACGCGCUGCGCGAGCGCCUCCGGCAGCUGGAGCGGCAGCUCGGCCACGACCGCGCCGGCCCCGCCGCCGUCCCCAGCGGCGGCGCCUCGGCGGGCGCCGAGCCCGCCGAGCCCACGCGGCACGCGCUGCCGCCGCGCCACGCGGCGCUCGGCGGCGCCCACGAGCCGCUGCCGGGCGCCCCCGCUGCCGGCAAGCCCACCCCCCUGGGCAGCACCGACGGCGCUGGCGCCGUCCCGGCCCUGGACAUGACGUACCGCAGCAGCCCGCCGAGGGCCGCCUACCCUCAGGAGUUGGACGCGCUGGGGGCAUCGGGCCUCCGCCGCGUGGCGGCCACCGUGGCGCAGGCGGCGGCGGAGGCCGCGGCGGGCUCCGCGAGCCUGGAGGGCACGCCGCGCACCGAGCUGCCGGCCCUGGGCCCGAGGUUCCCGCUGUGGAGCGCGAAGCAGGACAUGCCCACCGAGGGCGAGGAGGGCCGCAGCAUGCUGAAGGCGCCCCUGCACGAGCUCCAGGACCCGAGCUGGCAGCCCGAGCCUCUGGACCUGCCCGGCGGCAGGAGGGCCCGGGCGGCCGGGCCUCCCGAGGGGUGCGCGGCCGAGGCGGCCGCCGCGGGCGCGGCGGGCCAGCAGCAGCACCAUCCCGAGGGCUGCCCGGAGUCCUCUUCCGCCAGAGCGGCCUGCGCGGAGGAGGGGCUGGCCGUUACCGACGGGAGCGCCGCGCCCGCGCCGCCGGCGCUGCAGGCGCUGCGCUCCUGCCUGCAGAGGCAGCGGCAGGGCUGCGCGGCGCCGCCCCACGGGCGCCAGCCCGAGGGCGACGAGGACGCCGAGAGGGCCAAGGCGGUGCGGCGGCGGAAGCACAACAAGAUCCCCGGCGCCUCCCGGGGCGCCUCGGAGAAGCCGCCCGCCGCGCGCGCGCACUUCGCCGCCUACGCGGAGGUCUACGCGCCCCUGGUGCCCAGCCCUCGCUCCGCAGCCAUGGCCACCCCGACCCUCCCGAGCGCCGCCUGCGCCUCGCCCAGCGCGCCGCCACGGGAGGAGCCCCGCGCGGCGCAGCCGCCGGCCUGGGACACGCCUGCGCCCGCCAGCGGGCAGCACAGCCCCCUGGCGGCCGCCCAGCUGGAGGCGCAGGCUUGGGACAAGGUGGGCCCGUCGACGCCCGACGCCGCCCGAGGCCUGGCCGCGGCCGCGGGCAGGGCCGCGCCGGAGUGCCCCGUCGAGGCGCAGCCGCUGACGGAG